GCGGGCAGACUGGCGUGUCUUUACUGGGCUGCAGAACCAUGGACCAGUCGGGCUGGUACCGUGCAUAGCUGCGGGACACAUUGGAUUCAGUUUUUUUUUUCCUGCCUGGCUUCUCCUCUGCAGCUGGAUCGCUGUGCGCCACCGCGCAGGUUAUGCCACCCCAAAGGCUUCCUGGAUCCCCUGUUGUGAAAGAGAAGGGCUGAUCCCCGCCCUUCUCCAGGGUCCUGCUGCUUUUCACCCCACCUUUACCCCCUUAUCCCCCUCUACGUAUGGCAACAUUACCUGGCCCUCACAUCAAGUCCUAAUCCCCAAUAAACUCUAUAAUCUACCUUUACAAAAGUCCCCCACCUUUUAUCUCCUCUACAUUAGAUUUUGGCCACAUUAGUUAAGACUCCCUCAGGCCCUUGCUCUGUGCAUUUCCCAUUGGCUGCCUGUUAGGACUCAUGGCUACAGGAGGUCAUGCCCCUGAUGUAGAUGUGCUGAUUAACCUACAGCAGGUGAAGGUGGAGGAGGUAGACGAGAAUGCAGCUGAGGAGAAACAUGAGGAAGAACAAGAAGAGGAGAACUGGGAGAAAGCUCUGUCCGUGGAGCGCUUCGGAGACAUCAUCGGAGAUUCAGCCUCCACCAGCGGGGACCGGAUGGGCCGGCACUACACGGAGAAAGACUUUGAGUACCACAGACACACGUUUCACCAUACGCACCACCCCUUAUCAACCCACCUGCCCGUAUCCCAGCGGCAACGCAAGAGGGCGCACGGCACAGACAGACGACGCAAGAAGAAGCGGAAGAAAAAAAAAACCUCUCUGCCCCCCUCCGACGUCACCCCCACCAUCCAGGAGGUCGACGAGGAAGGGGCGGAGUCUGACACAGAGGGGCGCUUGGUAACCGCCACGCCCACAGAGUUACCGUACAUCCAGCGGCAGUUUAGUUAUGGGAGCCAAGAGGACUUGGAGGACCCCCCACCCCUUGCUACUGUCCACGUGGAAAACGAAGAACAUCCUGUUUCAGGGAAAGCAGAGAUCCCUCUGAUGAAGGAAGAAGCGCAUAUUGGGAGAAUCGUCGUUAGUGGACACAGUGAAGAGAUGAGUGGAGGGGAAACGCCGGGCGAAAGCACUUCAAAAGAGUCAGAACCCUGCAAUUCAACAUCGACCCAAAGCUGGUUACGCCGUAAGCCCCUCCACCAUCGGCUACUGGCCGCCCCGCGCAGCAACUAUGACCUGCGGGAGCGGAUCUGCAUCGGCAGCAUGACGGCCCUGGAGACCGCCGUCUACCAGCAGGUGCCCACUGAUGAGGCCGAGGCCCAGAUGUUGGUCAGUGCUGACCUGGACGACAUGAAAAGUCACAGAUUUGAGGACAACCCUGGCGUACGGCGCCACCUGGUGAAGAAGUCGUCCCGAUGUCAGAUGUCACGGUCCAGCAUGAGCUCCACGCCGUUAUCCAGCUUGAAGAAGAAGAAGAGGGCAGCAGAGAAGAAAACUCACGAGUUGUUUGUCGAGCUCAACGAGCUUAUCGUGGACAAAGACCAUGAAAUGCGCUGGAAGGAGCGAGCACGUUGGAUCAAGUUUGAGGAGGACGUGGAGGAGGAAACGGACCGCUGGGGCAAACCUCACGUGGCGUCGCUGUCCUUCCGCAGCCUGCUGGAGCUUCGCCGCACCAUCACGCACGGUGCCAUCCUUCUGGACCUUGAGCAGAACACUCUGCCCGGCAUCGCCCACCUGGUGGUGGAGACGAUGAUCAUCUCGGAUCAGAUCAGAGCGGAGGACAGGCCGAGCGUUCUUCGUGCUCUGCUUCUUAAACACAGCCAUCCGAGCGAUCUGAAGCCCCGUUUCCACCGCCACCAGUCGUCGGGCAGUCUUCACGGCAGCUUCAACCACAACCACGUCCAGGAGACCAACCUCCCCCUGGUGGCCGAGGAGCACGAUGAGCACCACGACAACAAAGGCCCGGUGUACGACCCCAAGCAAGACGUCUUCGUCAGCCUCUUUAAAUCUCUCCACCCUGUGCCUCCGGAGCAUCAUCCAGCUGCAGCCAGGUCCAUGAAGCUGCUCGCCAAGAUUCCCAAAGACGCCGAGGCUGUCAUUGUUUUAGUUGGCUCCGUUGAGUUUCUGGAGCAGCCUGCCAUGGCCUUCGUCCGGCUGAGUGAGGCUGUCCUCCUGGAGUCCGUGCUGGAGAUCCCCGUCCCCGUCCGGUUCAUUUUCGUCCUGCUCGGCCCCAGCCAGUCCAAUGUGGACUAUCAUGAGAUCGGUCGCUCCUUUGCCACGCUCAUGUCUGAGAAGAAUUUCCACGAGGUGGCCUACUUUGCUGACGACCGGCAGGACCUCCUGAACGGUAUCAACGAGUUCCUGGACUGCAGCAUCGUCAUCCCGCCUUCAGACGUGGAGGGCAAAGACCUCCUGAAGACGGUGGCAGACUUCCAGAAGCAGCUGCUGCGCAAGAGGAAGGAGCGAGAGGGCAAGAAGCACCAGUCCAUGUACGGAGCGGAGCAGGACAACAAAGCAGAGGUGAUUCUGGAGGAGGAGGAGGAAGCAGACCAGGAGGUGGACCCACUGAAGCGCUCCGGAGUCCCGUUCGGAGGCCUGAUCCACGACGUCCGCAGACGCUAUCCUCAGUACAUCAGCGACCUGAAAGACGCCGUGGACAUGCAGUGCGUCGCUGCCGUCAUCUUCAUUUACUUCGCCGCUCUGUCGCCCACCAUCACGUUCGGAGGCCUGCUGGGGGAGAAAACCGACGGCCUGAUGGGGGUGACUGAGCUCAUCGUGUCCACUGCCACGCUGGGAGUGAUAUUCUCGCUGCUUGCUGGUCAGCCACUCCUCAUCAUUGGUUUCUCUGGACCUUUACUGGUAUUUGAAGAAGCCUUCUAUAAGUUCUGCCAGGCGUACAACUUCGAGUAUCUGACCGGCCGAGUGUGGAUCGGUUUCUGGCUCAUCUUCAUCGUCCUCGUCAUCGUCGCGGCUGAAGGGAGUUUCCUCGUCCGCUACAUUUCUCCUUUCACCCAGGAGAUUUUCGCUUUUCUCAUCUCUCUCAUCUUUAUCUAUGAAACCUUCUCUAAGCUGAUCAAGGUGUUUAAGGAGCAUCCGCUGAUGACCGUUUACCCGUCGGACUCCACCAUAGAGGGUGGGAUUUACAGCCUCGACGGUCCCGUCCUCAACCAGCCCAACACUGCUCUCCUGUCUCUGGUGCUCAUGAUGGGAACCUUCUUCGUCGCGUUUUUCCUCAGAAAGUUUAGAAACAGUCGCUUUUUGGGCGGCAAGGCCAGAAGAAUAAUCGGCGACUUCGGGAUUCCCAUCUCGAUCCUGCUGUCCGUUCUGGUUGAUAUCUCCAUUCCUGACACCUACACUCAGAAACUCAACGUGCCGUCUGGAUUUUCCGUCACGUCUCCCGACAAGAGAGGCUGGCUGAUCAGUCCUUUUGGGGACAAGCAGCCGUUUCCCACCUGGAUGAUGGGAGCGUCGGUCGUCCCCGCCCUUCUCGUCUUCAUUCUCAUCUUCAUGGAAACUCAAAUCACUUCGCUGAUCGUCAGUAAGAAGGAGCGCCGCCUGAUGAAAGGCUCCGGCUUCCACCUGGACCUCCUGCUCAUCGUCGUCCUCGGCGCCAUCUGCCCGCUCUUCGGCCUGCCGUGGCUCACGGCGGCCACCGUUCGCUCCGUCACCCACGUCAACGCGCUGACCGUCAUGAGCAAGGCCACGGCUCCCGGGGAGAAGCCCAUGAUCCAGGAGGUGAAGGAGCAGAGGCUGACCGGGCUUCUGGUGGCGGUUCUCGUUGGUAUGUCCAUGGUGAUGACCGAUGUCCUGCGCCACAUCCCGCUGGCCGUCCUCUUCGGCAUCUUCCUCUACAUGGGCGUCACCUCGCUGACCGGCAUCCAGCUGUACGAACGCAUCACGCUCAUGGUCACUCCCGCCAAGCACCACCCUGACCACAUCUACGUCACUAAGGUGAGGACAUGGCGUAUGAACAUGUUCACCGUCAUCCAGCUGGCGUGCAUCGUGGCUCUGUGGGUGGUGAAGUCAACCGUGGCCUCGCUGGCGUUCCCCUUCAUCCUCAUCAUGACGGUCCCGCUGCGCCGCCUUAUUCUCUCCAGGAUUUUUGAGGAACGGGAGCUCCAGGCGCUGGACUGCGACGAGGACUCCCCCAACUUUGACGAGGAUGGACGAGACGAGUACAACGAGAUCCACAUGCUUGUAUAAAAUUAAAGUGGACCCCAGUGAUAAGAACCUUCUUUGACCUCCAGCUGGAUGAAAGCACAAAUAGAGCGUCUGUAAUGGUUUGGAUAUGCGUCUCCUCCCUUUGGUCUGUUCCAUUUUUUUUAAGAAUCAGCACCGCCGUGAUGCCGUUACGUUAAACCUCCUUGCAGAUUUUCUUAGAAGCCAGAAAGUAGCCGUCUGCGCGUGCCUCCAGUGGACGCUCGUGCAAAACAUGAAUCCUUUCUGCCCCUUUAACUACUCUGCAGGUUUGAGGGUUAGGUGCAAUGAUUACGGUGACAGCGAACACAACAGUGGGCCAGGGAGUUCAAAGUGUGACAGACAUCAACAAACAGAAAUAUGAAUUAUCUUCUUCUGCUGCAUUUAAGGGAGAGUUUCUCCCUCAAAUAUUUCUGACAUUACCCACAGGCUAAAACCUGUGAACUGCCUGUAGUUAAGCUGCCUUUUCCUCUUUACUGCCGUUGUUUUAAAGCUGUAAAUACGGAGUUGAGUUGUGCUCUUCCCUUUCUGCACAGACGUUUAGAAAAAGCACUUUGAUUGCUGCCAGCUGAGCCCCCUGGCACAUUACUUGUCUUUAAAUGUAGUUUUCUUGCUGAAACUCAGAGGACACUGUGCAGAAGGCGGGACUUUACUGUAAAUUGUUAGUUUAUCGACCCCUGAACGCAUAAAUAUAUAGCUAACAUGGGCCCAACCUUUAUUUUUCUACUAUGUAUAUAUUUUUUGAUGAUUUUGACUUGAUUCUCAGUUUUGUUUAGACCUUAAAUAGCAAACCGAUAGAUAGUUGAUGAGGAAACCUUCCUUUAAAACCGUAUGAAUGUUAGAGUUCUGCUUUCCAAACGUGCAAAGCUUUUACGUUUAAGUUUGCAUAACGCUUUUCUACUUUGACGGCUGGUAGGCCUUUAUUUUCUGCUUAAAUAGCAAAUGCUUUAGAACCAGUGGGCAAAGAUCAGGUUCUGGCCUCUAAAAGACGCCGUGCUGCAUCGAGAGCCAGGCUGGUCAUUUCACUCUAAACCUGAAUGGUACAUAAUGAAUAAAGAGCUAAAAGGUGACCCUAAAUAAGGUGAAGUGCGGUUAGGAAACAGACUCAGAGUCUCUAACUCAAUCACAGAUUUCUUCAGGUUGCAUUCAGACACAUAAAUAUUCAUUAAAAGUCUUGAUGGGAAAUUAGUGCUGAUCUUUCUUCAAGUUGAACAAUAGUAUUGUCAUUUUUUCUAACCAUAAUGUCCUUUUCUGACCUCUAAGUAUGCUGAGAAUUAUUUAGUUAUCAAGAAUCAAGAUCUUUAUUGCCAUGAUAAAGUUUUUGUGAGACUCUAGCUCAGAAUUUACACAUAGACACAAAACAAGACAUAACAUUAAAGUUGAAUGCAUCAACAACAACACUUCCCGAGAGUCUAAAAUGUGCAAAUAGCAUAUGAUAAGAUUUAAAUGUUCGAGACAAAGAAGAAAUCAGAACGAAGGAAAUUACUGUACAAUUGCUCGAAUCUAUCAGAUAAACAUUCCCUGAGAAGUAAAAAGAUUGCAAAAAGUCAUUAACAAUAAUUUAAAUCUUCAAGUUAAGGAACUGUGCAUUGUGCAUGGAUGUACAAACAAACACAUUAGCAUAAACCAUGUCUAGAUUUUGUAGCAGGCAUCCCACAAUCCCCUGUGUUGAGCUCACCACCCAGUUCCAAAAGCCUUCUUUCCUGUGCCGUGCAGCUCUCAUACCGCAAUGUUACGUUUAGACACAAGAUGCUGAUAAUUUUGGUUCUAUAAAGGUUUAUGAGCAGCAGAGUAGAAAGUCCAUUCUGUUUCAGUUUUCUGAGAAAGAAGACCCGUUCUUGGGCCUUCUUCUGCAGGUGGGAGGUGUUCUCAGUCCAGGAGAGGCCAUGAAUGUCCAGGAGCGUUAUGCUGUCCAGACACUUAAACUGUAAGGUGGACAGUUCAGGGUCAGCAUGUCUGGGAGCGCGGAGCUGAAGUCCACAAAUAGCAUCCUGACAUAUGUGUGGGGAUGCUGCAGAUGAAGUGCUAACGAGGCAGCAUCCACUGCAGAGCGUAGGCGAACUGCAGGCUGUCCAGGCCAGCAGGGAUGGCGUCCAUGACGUGUUUCUGCAGGAACAUCUUGUAGCACUUCAUGAUGACGGGGGUCAGAGCUGUCGGUUAUAAAGUAGUUAGCUGGUGUAGCUUUUCUAAUGUUUUGCUGCUUUAACCAGCUGAAGAGGGCAAGUAAUUCCCUCAUACUCUGACCCACUCGUCUGAAACCUAGCAGCUUUUUGGAUGGUUGGCAAAGCUAAUGUUAAUUUUAGCCGAUGUGCUAACACUGGCAUUGCUUCUAUAUUUCUAUUCACACACAUCAAACCUGUGAGUUUCUGAGACCUGAAGCUUUGUGUUAAUAAAUGUUCUUCAUAGGUGUACCUAACUGUAUGGUGCAAAAGCUGGUUGAAACUAAAGAAUAUUAUAAAUAAAUUAUUUUAGUUAUUAGAUAAAAGUUUUCACCCUAUAACUCACUUUAUUAGUUCCCAGAAGGUGAAUUGGCUGCAAAAAAAAUAAAUAAAUAAAAAAUCAGUGGACAGCCUGGAUCUAGUCAGUGUGUUAAAAAUGGAAAUGGUCCCAUAAAGCAUGCUUAAAGUCAAGGAUGUAUCACAAUUUACAUAAACUAAACAAACGAGUUUAUCUCAUUUCCCAAAACUGCCCUACAUAACUGCAUGAGCCAUGCAGGGUUCUGUCUCAGGGGAAAGCGACCUUUGAUCUGUAAAUACUGCCUCCCAGCAUUUUAGUUGGACUUUUUUUUGUGUGUACAUAGAGCAACGGAGGUGACCCAACACAUGCAUUGUACAGAUAUCUGGCUCAUAGGGAAGGUUUUCAUGUUGCUGAGUGCAGAAGAAAAAAAAAAGAUUAAAAUUAGAACUUUUAAGUGUUUCCUUUGAAGCGAUGCAGACCUUAAGCUGUAAAUUUAUUAUGAUGUAUUUUCCUAAUUGUGCUUUUGAAGGCUCCUCUUUGCUGGGCAGCACACACCUGCUGUAGUCUGUAUUUGAUCCCAGAGCUCCCCGGGUUAAUGAGCCACAGGAUGUGCUUUGCAUUACUCCUCUGCAGGACGCUCCUUUUAAAUGAGCUGGGUUAUUAAUGGACCUUUCAAACCGGCAGAGUGUUUUAAGGUUUUCGAAGGCAGUGAUCGCCAACUGAGGACGGAGUUCUUCAGAUUCCGAAGAUCACUCUCUUCCAACAUAUUUGUGAUACAACUGAAUAUAAUUUUGUGGUUUAUUGGUCGGUUUUCACAUGUUGUGGAAGUUAAAUCAUUUUGCAGCUGCAGUUUGGAAUGUCUUUUUUUUUCUUUUUUUAUUACAACACCCCCAAACAUGUUUUGUCCCUAAACUAAGUAAUUAUAAAACAAACAUUCCCACAACUUUAUUUAGAAAACAGUGGUUAAAUUAGUAAAACUCGAUGUUUUCUCAAAUAAAUAAAAUAAGUAGCUCCA